CGAUCAAGUCCGUGCCGAUAUCAUGCAGAUCGAGUCAGGGCUUUCCCCCGUUGCAAACGAGGAUCAAGACGACGACGACGACGACGUGCAAAGCAGAACCAUGGGCGCGCAACAGACAAAGGAAAAGGCUGCCGGCGCCGACCUGACGACAAAGGCGGCGCCGCACUUGGCGGCCGCGGCCAAGACUGGAGGGUCCGCCGCCGACGCUGCCGACGCCGACGACUCUCCAAAGAAGCGCGCAGAGCGGCAGAAGAAGGCUGGCCUCUCGGACCGCGGAUUGCGCAACCUGUACGACAUGGAGGCGCUCCUUGCCAUGUUUUUCGGCAAGCGCACCAACGUCUGGAGCCCCGAGAACCCAGAGGGCUCGAUCCCCAUGGCCAUUGCCGACAACCAGCUCAUGCGUCCCGAGCUCAUCGAGUUCUACAACUCGCCCGGAAAGCUCGCACUGAAGCCGCAGGACCUCACGUAUGCCGAUCGUGGCAUGUGCAGCAAGCGGCUCCUGGACGCCAUCUGCGGCAUGGUCAACACCACCCCUGACGGCUUCUUCUUUGAGGACGACAAGAAGGACCAGUGGCCCAAGCCAAUCAAGGAGAUCAAGAUCGAGCACAUUGUCGUGGGAAACGGCGCCACGGGCGUCCUCGAUGCCCUCUUUUGGGCUCUCAUCAACGACGGCGACGGCAUCUUGCUCUCGCAGCCCCACUACAAUGCAUUCUCGAAUGACACGACGUUGAGGGACAAGGCUGAGCUGAUCCUUGUCCAACCUCCGAUCCCCGUGGCCUCUGCCAAGGAACCAAAGGAGCCACGGGAGCACGUUGCCCCCGACACAGUCAAGUACUAUGCGGAUGCUCUCAAGAACGCAGAGAAGAAGGGAACCAAGGUCAAGUGCAUCCUCCUCUGCAAUCCUCACAAUCCUUCGGGCGCCAUCUAUCCCAGGGAGACCGUCGUGGCUCUCGCCAAGUUUGCGGCGGAGCACGAUCUGCACCUUGUUAUGGAUGAAAUCUACUCCAGGUCGGUCUUCCGAACAAAUGACGUACCUGACCCGACGCCCUUCUACUCCAUCUUGGGUAUCGACGUAGAGAAAGAGGCGGGCCUCAACCCAAGCCGGGUCCACGUCGUCUCGAGCGCCAGCAAAGACUUUAGCACCAAUGGCUUCCGUCUCGGCUAUGUCAUCUCCCAGCACAACCCCGACUUGUGCCUCACGCUCCUCGGCUCGGCCCUCAUGUCACAGGCUGCGGCACCGUCUGCCAACCUCUUUGCUGCGCUACUCGAAGACAAAGAGUACCUCGGUCGCUACAUGGCCGAGAACCGGCGCAGGAUCGCGGCUUCGUACAACUACCUCACGGCCUUCUUCCGCAAGCACCAACUGCCCUAUGUCCCGAGCAAUUCCGGCUUCUUCCUCCUCGUCGACCUGCGUCAGUAUCUCGACGUGAAACCUGGCGCGGACGAGAAGAAGGCCAGAGAAUCGGAAAUGAGGCUGCUGGAUCGCCUGCAGGACGGAAAGGUCACUCUGGCACCCGGAACGAUUUACAAGCACCCCAUCCCGGGCUUCUACCGCUUGACGUACACCUUGGUCCCCGAGGCGCUCAAACUGGGCCUGAGCAGGAUGGAGGACAUUUUUGGCUGGGAAAAGUGGAUCGACGAGCAGCCGCUUCCCUGGACACGGACGUAGAUGCCCCCUCCUCCCUACUUUCUCAGUGCGACGGUCUGCUUGUAGAUAGAGGCGGAUCGGCUCUCAUGAGAACGUUGUUCUGUAUGACUGAAAGCAAGGUGUGACCUGCGCUCAUCAGACAUUGUUCUGCCUGUGGUUUGCCAAUUGGGACCAAUGCUGGGGAGAUGCGUGAGUACCGUCCCGUGGCUUUCGUCCUGGGGCGGUCAAAAGACGAGCCCACGAUGUGACAGGGCAUCCGCACCGACUCAAGAAGAAUCAAGGCAGGCAAGAGAGGGAGAACGAUAAGCGGAAUUGGUAUCCAGGACUGCCUUUUCCUCUCAGCACCGGUCUUUGUGCACACCGGAACGCCGGCGGCGGUGCUGGUCCUGCGAUAUCAAGGUCGGAGCAGAGCGGAAAAGGAGGACAGAGGGCCAUCGAUGCUCCCUCAGGCUCCGUCGUCCUCAUGCGCCUGUCUUCUCCGACUACGUUAUUCGGUUGCAGCCCAAUACAGAGAGAG